UUACUUACCUUCUUACCCAUGGGAAAAUAUUUAAUAUACAUACAAUUUUAGUAUCAAUUUAUUUUGAGCACAUGGCGUUCAAAGUAUACUAUAAAGAAGGUAUACAGAGGCCGAUCAUUCCAUCACAAAUUAUUUUAACCUUCUUUUUAUCAUUCACCAAAACAAUCCAAACUAUCAAUCAAAAAUUAUCUUUCUAUUUAUUUUACCUUCCCUUUUCUCUUUUUAUUUUUUUCCCAAACGCACGUUGCCGGCUUUCGUCAUCAUUAUAAAUUUAUUUGUCUUUGACAUCUUUUUUUGUUAAUUAUUAUUUUUAUUUUCUCCGCCCAUAUUUACCCAUAGCAGCGUUACUAAAAUUAUUAUAAAAUAGUACUAGUUUGCUCCCUGAAUCUUCAUUCUUCUAACCAUUUUUAGAAAACAAAAAUAUUUUUGAUGGUUCUACCUACCUUAAUUUAACUUUAUUAUUAUGAAAUAAUUAACUAUAAAAGUUUCUAUUUUGCUUAUCAGUUUCCCUCAAUUUCCACAAUUUCCCCUUAAUUAUAAUCAUUUUUCAGAUAAUAGAGCAUAAUUAAAAGCUCUUUUCUAACUCAAUUUAUUCACUAAAUCUUCUCAUUAACUCAACUGAUCUAAAAAUGGUUAAACAACCAGAGACUCCACUCAUUAAUGGCAAAUCCAAUGGUUUUGCUACAAAGAAUGGCAUUUUGAAUGGUAAAAUUGCUAAUGGAACAACAAAUAUUAGCAAUGGACAUUUACCUAAUGAUCAACAAAUAAAAAUUCGGUUGGCGAAGCCUGAGGACGCAAAAGUUUUGCGAUCACUGAUUCAAGAACUGGCAGACCAUCAAGAAAUGCCUGAUGGACCUCGAAUCUCUGCUGGACAGAUUGCACAGGAUUUUAGUUCUGGUUUUAUGCAUUCAUUGGUAGCUUUUGGAUCCAAAGGAGAAAUGGCAGCUUAUGCUCUUUAUUAUUUGCCUGGAUCGAGUACUCAAGGACAAAUAUUGCAUUUGGAGGAUCUUUACAUUCGACCACAAUUUCGACGACGGGGGAUUGGUCUACAUUUGUUGAAGGAAUUGGAAAAGAUUGCCAAUGCUAAGCAUCUUCCUUUCUUGGAAUGGCAAGUAUUACGUUCCAAUCACGGGGCCAUUCAUUUUUACAAAACACUGCCAGGAUUAAUUGAUGAGACUGAUGGGAAGGAAUUCAAUAAAUCUAUCUUUUGGCGUUUAUCUUCUCAUGCAUUCGGGCAUAUUUUGCGAAAGGCGGCGAAACAAGAGCAGAAGGAAAAUCAUGAAAAAUUGAUAAUGGAAGUUCAUUUGGAUGAAUGCAGUGGCAGUGCUCAAAUCUCUGAGAGAAACGCUUUUCACCUUGCUGAUCAGUGGCAUUCUUUGGUUAACUCGCAACGAAAUGGGGAAAUAAUUAGAGAAGAGGAAGGAGAAGAGGAGAAUAAUGGAAGGAAGGCAUAUAAAUUCCUCAAUAGACGGGCUUUGGCAAAACAAAUAAAUUCUGGUUUACUUGGAGCUAUUGUUGUAAGGAAAGAGCAAAAAGCAAUAGAAGAAGAAAGGAAGAAAAUUGUUGGGAUGGCUUUCUUCCAUAGAAGGAGUUAUUCGACAUGGCAAGGAAGGUUCCCCGUUUUGGAUAAUAUUUUUGUGGCGGAUUCUGCUCGUCGAAAGGGUGUUGGAACUGCUAUUAUGGCAGAAUUAGUUAAGAUUGCUCACACAAUGGGGGCAACUAAAAUUCAAUGGGAUGCACAUGAGCCAACUGCAAUUAAUUGCCAACACGUGCCUUUCUUCAAAUCGUUAAAUGCCGAUAAUUUAACUGACGACGAGGGCUGGUUGCUAUACCGUUGGCAUUAUAACCAACAAAAACAAUAUACUAAUGGAGAAAUAACUGAAAUUAAAGAAAAUGGUGUUAGUAAAAAGAAUAAUAUUUUGAAUGGAUGCUAG